CCACACACAACAAAGGUUAUUAAGUUCAUACAGGUUCUUUCAUUCCAUCAGGCAUGGCAUCAUCGUUUUGUCGCACAACUACACAUGGCAUCGUCAGACAAGUUCCGGAACCAUGCCAAACCCACGGCGGUGACGGUGACCACUUAAGGAUGCCACCAGGUUUUCGAGGUUUAAACAUGAAGGCAAAGCGAAGCCGAGUCGGUGCAGUAGUAGCGGUAGCAAAGUGCGCAGCUUGGGAGGCAGGGUUUUUGAAGGAGUUAGAAAGGGAGCUGGAAGAAGGUGGAGGAGAAGGGUGGAAGAGAGUGGAGAAGAAGGGAAUGGUGGAGGUGUUGGAGUGUUUGGAGAGAGAGGCAAUACAAGGAGAAGACCAUGGGAGGGAGCCCAGUGAUUACAACAGAAGAGCUCAGAUCUUUGAUCACAGUUCCAGAGUUUUCCAGGCUCUCAAAGAAAGUACCCACCCUACGCACUCUCCAAAUUCUUGAGUCUUUUUUCAAUUG